AUGAAGCUUCACUACAUCGGCAUCAUCCGCAACGAUAGCCAGCCCGCAGUCGAGAUCGUUUCCGAGAAGGAGCUGAGCGCAUACUCGCGCUUCACACGCAGCAACUAUGGCGAGUUCAUGAGCCUUUUCGCAAAGACCGUCGCCGAGCGCACCCGACCCGCCCAGCGACAAGACGUCGAAGAACAAGACUACACUUUCCACGCCUACGGCCGCACCGAGGGCAUCUGCGGCAUCAUCAUCUCCGACCACCAAUACCCCGCCCUGGUCGCCCACCAGCUUCUCAGCAAAGUCGUCGACGAGUUCCUCACCAAGCACCCGCGCUCCUCGUGGGCCACCGGCGAGCCCGUCCUGCCCUUCCCCGAGCUGAAGGAUUACCUCGAAAAGUACCAGGACCCGCAGCAGGCCGACAGCAUCAUGAAGAUCCAGAAGGAGCUUGACGAGACGAAGAUUGUUCUGCACAAGACUAUCGAGAGCGUGUUGCAGCGAGGAGAGAAGAUUGACGAUUUGGUGGCGAAGAGUGAUGGUCUGAGCGCUCAGAGCAAAAUGUUUUAUCAGCAAGCAAAGAAGCAAAACUCUUGCUGCGUGUUGAUGUAA